AUGGCAAGGGAGGCUGCUGCCCGGCGCAAGCGGAGCCGGUGCCGGUGCGCGCUGGGGCUGGCGCUGCUCUUCGACGCGCUGGGCUUGGCGGGGCUGCUGGUGGGCGGCUUGCUGGAGACGGAGGUGUCGGACCUGCUCAUCUACCUGGGCGGCGUGGGCGUCUUCUUCAGCCUGCCCUGGUGGGUCUUCUGGCACGUGGGCAACCUGGAGGUGCCGCCCGAGGAGCUGCGGGACGACGUGGGGCUGAGCUGGCGGAGCGCCGACGCCUGGAGCCUGGAGAGCUGGCGAGCCCGGCGCUUGGCUCUCCUCGCCCGCGCCUUCAGCGCCCACUUCUCGCUGCCUUCCGCCGCCGCCUCCGCCUCCGUCCCGUCUCAGGUCGGCCGCCUCCGCGCCCACUUCGCCGCUUCCACCAGCCUCAUCAGCCGCCCCAGCGACUUGGAGACCCUGCAGCGGCCGUCGCGCAUCCAGGAAAGCCCCAGCCUGGCCCCUUCCCUGCCCGGCCUCUCCUCCUCCAGCGCCGGCACGACAGCCCCGCAGGAUUCGCCUGAAACCCAAGAUCGUGGAACACAAACAAGUUUUUUCAAAAUCAUUGGACUCCACAAAAAGACCUAAACAUAAUUACCCUCUCUGAAACAGUUUAUAACACCCUGGAAAAACUGUUUUAUGCCUCCCAGAGACAAUCAAACAGCAUCAUAAAAGGACUGGGCUCAGUUACUGAACUGGAAGUUAAUUUAUGGGCCUGGACAAGGUUGAUGUCUCUUAUAUAACAGGUGGAACCAAGCAUUAGGGCUUCCGAACUUAAAAUAAAAAUUUAAAGUAAA